GUUGCUUUCAGUUCCUUCCGUCUCUCAGCGUUUAAAGUUAAGAACUCGCUGAAUUCUGUCACGAUUGAUAUUCGGAAAACAACUUGCAACUUGAUCUGAGUUAAGGUUUGUGUUGUGAUGUCUGACCCCGAGAUCCAAAAUCAGCCUCUUCUGGCAGAAGUCAACCAGCAGGCAGCCACUGCACAGGGUGGCCGCUCCUCUCGGGCCUAUAAAGUGGCAGGUCUAACCCUGCUGGCCUCUCUCCUGAUUGUGGGCCAGGCGCUGACCAUCUACUUCGUCCUCAGCCAGAAGAGCGACGUCAAGUCUCUGCGGGAGAAAAUCAACAACCUGGAGUCAGAGCUGACCAAGUCCAGAGCUGUUGUUGUGCCCGUGAGGAUGUCCAUGGACGCCUUGUCCAAUAUGAUGGAUGUCUCUGUGGACGAGGAGGCUUCUACCAAAGAACCUGAACAAACUGUCACUCAGCAGGACACUGUGUGCCAGCUGGAGGCGGCUGGUAUGAAGCCUGUGCAGCUGCCAGGUUUCUGGCCGGCCUGUGACGAGCGCGGCCUCUACCGGGAGCAGCAGUGCUUUGUGCGUCACUGCUGGUGUGUGAACCCGGCCGACGGGCAGCCGCUCCCCGGAUCCCUGACCAAAGGACCAGCCCAUUGCGGCGCAUCUUUCCCUGGCAGCCUAACACACCUGUUGACUCUGCCUGAUGCUGUUUGAUUGCUGAAGACAUCUCCUCCAAACACGAGCAAAUCAUGACAUGUUGCUUAUUCAUCAACUAAUUCCCUUCAUAUCGUUAGUACUUGACAAGCAUAAAAGGUUUUAUAUACUGCUGACAAAAUAAAUAAAAAGUAGUCAUUUAUCUGCUAUCCAUCAUCUAAUCAGUUUAUUGCACGUGUUCUGCAACCUAUACUAAAUGGACAGGUGAUUUUGCGAUUGCUUACAUUCCAUCUGAAGGUGUUUUUUUAAUGGUUGGUUAAAGUUAAAGAUGUGUAUGUUGUUUUAGUAUUGUAUCAUGUCAGUUAAAUAAAAAAUAAAUAAAAAAGUU